CAGUGUUUUCAGAAAACACCAGCGCAUGUGGUUUGGCUCUUAGCUGUUGAUUUUAACCUGUCUUUUUCCACACAGACUUCCAGCCGCUGUUAAAAACGUAUUCCGCUUCAAGAGGACGCAUAUUUAACAGUUUCUUCUUUGUUUCAAGCUGGCGAACGAACCUGUAGUUCACCAUUUAUAAUGUCACAGGCCACCAAACGCAAACACGUUGUCAAGGAGGUUCUUGGAGACUUCGUCACGCCCACAGAGAACCAGCAGAUUGUGAAGGUUAUCAGUAGCCGUGGUAACAACCUCCAUGAAGCAGUCACAGCUGGAGGUGAGACCUUCCUGGUGAGCAUGCCCACCAAGUUCCGCAAGAACAUCUGGAUCAAGAGAGGCGAUUAUGUCAUCGUGGAUCCUAUUGAGGAAGGAGAGAAGGUGAAGGCAGAGAUCAGCUUUAUUCUUUACAAAGAUCACGUUCAGUACCUGCAAAAACAGCGGCUCUGGCCAGAGGGGUUUAUGGAGGAGCAGUCGGCACAGGACAAGACGCACAAACAGCCGGAAGAGGAUACGGAGGAGAAAGAUGAGGGGGAGGAAGGUAGCGACUCCGAAGAUGACGAGAGCGACCUAUUUGUAAACACCAACCGCUGCAACUACGAGUACAGCGAGAGUGAGGAGGACAGCGAGGACGAGGACGAGGAAAAAGAGGAAAGGACAGAAAAUGGUUCACAGCCGCAGCGCUGAGGACGCGGACAACGCGAGAGCAUGAUUUGUGAAAAUCAGGUGACGGCGCGCUCUGCCGUGCUGCUGUCGUCGCUGACUGAUGAUUUCAGAUGACGGUCCUCAUGCUACAGAUCCCUCCGCCGUCCUGGUGUGACGGACCAGAGGGAGGCGUUAAACGACUGGGCUCGUUCAGUGGGCUUGAUCAUUCCUGCUUAGUAGAAUUUAUCCUUCGUCAUCUAAUCCACAUGGGAUACCUUUGAUUUGUCCUUUCAGUUUCCUGUUGACAAAUGAUCACGAACCCAUGUUUAAAUACAGAGACCUCCAAUGGAGCCACUUUGAAAUAAAUAAAUAAAUCUUGGAAAACUAAA